AUGAAACGUGAUACAAUAAGAAAUCACGAUUCAGACACUAAUAAUUUACCCCUUCAAUCAACUGAGAUCUUUAACAACACCAUAGUCAAGAAUUUCACGCAAACAAUUUUUGAAAACAUCCGUGAGGUUAAUCAUAUCGCUUUAACAUAUUUUGAAAAGCUUUCCAGUUCUGUAGAGUCUACAGAACUAAUAGCACAGGGAGAGUAUUUUAUCAACAUGAAGUUAUCUAGUGAAAAGUAUCAUAUGACUGCAGAUACAACAAAUUAUGAGUGA